AUAACCUCAAUUUUUCCAAAAUGUAAUUCAAAAUGAGCGUGGCGGAAAAACUGAAAUCGUACGAAAACUUUAUCGAAGAAAAGCUCAAAAACGACUUAAAGGAACUCGAAACUGCGCUAACGAAAAAGAGCGACGAUUUCAAACUAUGGCAAGAGUUGAAGAACUCCCUUGUACAUUUAAAGGAGGCGAAAGAUGACGAACUGAACGUUACCUUCGAAAUGGGACUGGGAGUAUUCAUUGGUGCAAGAGUGGAAGAGAGGGAAAAGGUGAUCGUGAAUAUUGGAUGCGAUUGUUACCUGGAAAUGUAUUACGAUGAGGCGAUUAAGUAUGCUGACAUACGUAUGAAGUAUUUAACUAAGGAGAUCGAGUUCUUUCGACAGCAGGCCGUUCACGUCAAAGCCCAUAUUAAGCUAGUAUUGCUGGCGAUGAACGAAUUGAAGGAGUAAACCUGUACUUUAAUAAAUUGUAUCUGAAUUCUUACAAA